AAACUCAUUUAGUGCCAUUCUAAUAAGUACAACCUCUGUGCGUCAUGUUUCAAACUUGGAAUCCUCGUCGAGUGCGUACAGCACAAGUAGUAUGGGUUUCAAAUUCAUAUGAUCCAUUGGAUUUGCGGAGCACCAUCCCAGUAUCACGGCAUAAAUUUCUAAAUGAAACAGGGAGACAACUUCCUAAAAUCAAUAAGACAAUUGAAUGUCGAAGCAAACGAGGAAAACGUUACGAGAAAUCUGAUAUAUAUCCUACAAUGCCAAGUACCAGAUGCGAAGAAUGGUCAACGUUAAGACAAAUGCUGCCUUCGCAGGGAAGCCCAUUGAAACCAUUUCCCCCUAACUGGGGCACUGGAGUGACUCCGAAGCCUCCUCUCAGCUCAUCUCUACAAUGUAGAUUUCCAAUCAUCAACAGCCCUAUGACGAGAUAUGUCGAUGCCAUGCAUGGCACUAACAGACUGUUCAAGUUGCAUUGAUUUUUUGACUAAAUAUAUUAUACCCAAACAGAA